UGCAACAGCUGAAAAUGCCAAAAUGUCUGUUGUCCGUUGACGCUAUCGUAGCGUUUUUGAGGGUGAUUUUGGAAUAAUCAUCUCAUUUUUGUAUUGUACACGCUUUAUUUCAAGAAGAAUGUGUUCCUGGAUUUGCUAGUUAUCCGUAUAUCUGCUUUGGUCGCCAUCAUCUGCCAUUCUCGCGGCCUGCGUUGUUAGCUGAUCUGGUAUUUUGGUAGUGUAAACGAAAAAGCAGGAGCAAUGGCAUUCAGAAUUCACGAAGAUCAAGAAAAUUCAGCUCUCGGGCUUCGAAAAGAUAAUGCUGACGUAUUUUCGGCUGCAAACCAGCGGCGUGCACUCGUCGACCUUAGCCACUUCGCGUGUAACCAGAACCGGAAUAUAAAACUUCCUGGAUUGACGAAUGGACCUACUAAAGUUCAAGAUGAGAACAGGACGGUACGUCUUAUUAAGAAUGAAAAGAACAUUGUCCCCCCUGUUGCACAAUUUCGCGCGUUCAGCGUGUAUGAAGACAAACCGUCUGAGGCGGAGGUGAAGAAACGCGAGCCGUUCAAGUUUGGCACCAAAGAGAUCAAGAAGGAUAACUUCUUCAAGAAUGCAGCCGAAAACGUGAAAGCUAUCUGUGCACAGGUUGAGAAGCAAUCAGAUUGGCAGAAAGAUGCACCUCCAAAAAGACCCUUACAAGAAAAGAAAGAUGUGGAGUCUCCCAUGUCCGUGGUGGAUUCUAGCAUCCUAUCGAUGUCCAUCUCCAAAAAUGAGAGUCAAAUACUUGACAGUCUCUAUGAAGAUGAAGAUGCUACCACCGCACAGACUGACCGUGAAAUGUUCUUCCAUGUUGUGGAGUAUCGGCAAGAUAUAUACGAAUACAUGAGGGAAAUUGAAGUGAAAAACAGAGCAAAUCCUCGCUAUAUGCGCAAGCAACCUGACAUCACUCACAUGAUGCGCUCUAUCCUAAUUGAUUGGUUGGUUGAGGUCUGCGAUGAGUAUGGACAGCAGAGUGAAACCUUGCACUUGGCUGUCUCAUAUGUCGAUCGGUUCUUGUCCUACAUGAGCGUGGUCCGCACCAAGCUUCAACUUGUUGGUACAGCUGCUACAUACAUUGCUGCGAAAUACGAAGAGGUGUACCCUCCAGAGGUGUCAGAGUUUGUGUACAUCACCGAUGAUACUUACACGAAGCGUGAAGUGCUCCGCAUGGAGCAUCUUAUCCUGAAGGUGCUGUCGUUCGACCUCUCCACGCCCACAUCGCUGGCCUUCCUCUCUCACUACUGCAUCUCUAAUGGACUCUCCAAGAAGACCUUCCAUUUGGCAGCUUACAUCGCAGAGCUGAGCCUUCUGGAAGCGGACCCGUUCCUGCAGUUCAAGCCGUCGGUUAUCGCGGCGAGCGCGUUGGCCACCGCCCGCCACUGUCUUCUGUGCGAGCGCUGCGCUGCGGACGAAACUGAUUCCACUGUGGAAGACCGCCCGGUCAAUGACGACGCGGUGGGCUCAGGGGCGCGCGCGCACGCGUCGUGCCUUGCAGCGGCGUGGCCGAGCGCGCUAGCCUCGUGCGCGGGCUACAGCGCGUCUGAGCUCGAGCCGUGUCUCAGGGAGUUAGCACGAGCGCACUCGCACGCGGCGCAGCAGCCCUACCAGGCCAUACCCGACAAGUACAAGAGCAACAAAUUCGAAGCGGUAUCAACAAUCGAGCCUCGCCCCAUGUAUCCCGUAGGCAAGUACCAGGCGCCGCCGCCCGCGCGGCCCGCGCCCGAACCCGCGCGCGCCAGCUAGUCUCACUACACUACACAGUUACACACACACAACCUCGCUCUCUGCACAUCUAUAUGCCCGUAAACGCAAACACUACCCGCAUUUGUUAACACGACUUUUACUGAACAUUUUACUCGCCUUUUUCUUCAUUCGUUCGUUUGAUAUUUAAAAUAGCUAAUAAUAGCACAAACGACUUGGUGGGAACACCUGCCUCGUAGAUAAAAAGGUAUGGUAAAUGAAGCAUAGCUACAUUUUUGUUUUACAUAAUGAUUAAUGAUAGUUAUUGGUCUUUCCUUGGUAACAUGAAUAUACAUAUGCGAAUAAUCGUGAAGAAAUAUCUAGUCUCCAAGUCUUAAAAUAAUAUUACGAACUUGAGCAAUUUCAGAUGCACAUUUUUAAAACAGUGGAAUAACGUUAUAAUAAAAAGACUUGAGUUUUGCCAAGUACUUAUGUUCUUUGCGUGUAUUGCGAAUGUGGUAUGUUUGUGAAUACGGGCUUAGUCCACUCGUGGUAAUACACCUAUGCU